AUGUCAGACAGACCAGCGAUCGUCGGCGCGGACGCCGGCCCCGAGCCGCCCUACCCUCUGCAGAUGGAGGGUGAGGUCAUCUCUGGCUUCGGCCGGGGCUCCAAAGAGCUCGGCAUUCCCACCGCCAACCUCCCCGUCGACGCCGCCGUCACGCCGUGGAUCGGCACCGCCACCUCCGGCGUCUAUUUUGGCCACGCCGCCCUCCUCCUCCCCGACUCGCACCCCCAGCGCACCCCCUCCUCCUCGCCGUCCGCCUUCUCCGUCUUCCCGAUGGUCAUGUCGAUCGGCUACAACCCGUUCUACAAGAACACGGUGCGCAGCGCCGAGGUGCACGUGCUGCACGACUUCGCCGGGGCCGACUUUUACGGCGCGCACAUGCGGCUGCUCAUCGCGGGCUUCAUCCGCGAGGAGAAGGACUACAAGAGCCUGGAGGCGCUGGUGGAGGACAUCAAGACGGACUGCGAGGUGGCGAGGCGCAGCCUGGACAGGCCGGCGUGGAGGCACGGCGCGCUCAAGGGCGGCGAGUGGCUGACGAAAGAGUUGUAG